UUAAAUAUAUUUUUUCCAUAUUGGAAGAACAGAAUUAAAAAAUGCGGAGACAUCCGGUAACGCUGUUGAAAUAUCUAAUUGUUGGGUUUGUUUGUGUUGUUUUUGGACCGUUUGCACUUCGACUUCUUUUUGGGUCUGUUGAACAAACCACUAGAAAUGAAAUUCUUCCUGUUGAACGUGCUGUCGUACCAAAUAAAGUCAAUCGAGAGGAUGUUAAUAAAGGUAAUUUAAUUGCUGUCCAAGUGGAUAAGGAUGGUAAAUAUGAUUGGCAUAAUUACAAACUAAUUGAGGAAGACCUAAGUAGGAAAGGUCCUGGCGAACAGGGUGCAGCUGUAAUUUUAACACCCAACGAAGAAAAACAAAAAGAUACUCUUUAUAAAACCAAUGGAUUUAAUGCUUUUGUCAGUGAUAAAAUAUCAUUACAGAGGUCUUUGAAAGACAUACGGCAUGCUGACUGUGUCCAUAAAAAGUAUUUAUACAUUUUACCAAAUGCAAGUGUAGUAAUACCAUUUCACAACGAACAUUGGUCUACGUUAUUAAGAACCGUUUAUAGUGUUUUGAAUCGGUCACCAAAACAUCUUAUACAUGAAGUAAUACUUGUUGAUGACUUCAGUAAUAAAGAACAUUGCAAACAGUAAAUGAAAUAAAUAUGAAAUGAAAAAAAUCA